AUGUCUAAACCUACUGAUACCCGUCCACCGGUUAUUACGCCGAAGGGUCACCGUCCUCGCCCGACACGAUCUCUGUCAACGACCGCACCACGGGUACCUACUCGUCGGCCCUCCGUAACUGGGCUUUCCCUCACUGGCACUCUCAACCCAGUGACGGGUGCACCCAAGGCUCAGCGCACCUCGAAGACCAUCCAGAAGCUCGUCCUCCUCCCUUCAGCCCCUCAGACGAAGCCUCUUCCUAUCGAGACUGAAGAGGAAGAGGAGCUUCUUGGGUAUGAAAGGGAUCGCGGCGUGCGAGAACACAAGAGCGCAGGCGAGCGCAUGAGCAAGGAGCAAAGAGAGAAGGCGGGAUUCAGGCGCAUCACUGCGUAUUGUGUCGCGGAAGGAUUCAAGAUGAAGUUGCUUGCGAGCUUCUUGAAACGGGAGCACAAUGUGCAUCCGCGGGUCUUCGAUGAGGCUAUGUAUGUGAUGUAUCACUUCCCCCUCCUUCCGGCGUACGGCCCCAACUUGAACAUCCGGUCCUCCGCCCCGCCUGCGCAAUCUGACGGCGCCGAGGACCCAGAAGCAGGAUUCUCUGAGGUGGAGGAGGACUGGUAUCAGGGUUCGUACUUCAAGCCAUCCUCGUCUCCCACAGCUGCAGCGCCCGCGAUGGGGGGCUUCAUACCGUCCACAUCGCCGAUUGUGACGGGCGCCGACUUGGUUGGCGCAACAGAAAUAGAAGUGGUUCCAGAAACCAGUGCGAACGCUGACCUCUCGGUGGAUGUGCAGCCCAAAGUACAGCAGGACGUACGAGAACAGCGUGUAUUCAGGAGGAAACGCGGUGACGGUAGGGCAGGUAGGAAGAGCAGCACCGCGGCGUCUACCGAAGACUUCGCGGAGGCGAUCUUCUUCGAGUAUGGCGUCGUUGUAUUCUUCGGAUUUUCCGAGGAGCAGGAGCGGGGUAUCCUCGAAGAUGUGGAAGCUGCAGGAGCGCUGCGGCGCAAGCUGGUGGAAGCGGACUGGGAGAUUGAGCAGUGUCAUUAUGCGCACAACCCCGAUAUUGCAUACCCGCGGAUCUACAACGACUUUUUCACAUUCAAGACGUACUCGCACCUCCUCAAGCUAUCCGUCGCUCACGCCUUCGCCCAGUCCACACUCCUAGCGCAUUACGAGACCCACGCGCACCGCAUCCUCUCUUCCCAGGACACCACGUCCAUCCCGCAGCAGCUCGCAUCCACGGGCGUGCUCCGACUUUCACGGAAGGAAGCGCUGAAGCUGACCGGGCGACUGUUCACUCUGCGGCGCGACGUGAACCUGGUAAGUAAUGUUUUGGAUGUGCCGGAGCUCUUCUGGAGCGAGGCGAGCCUGAAUGCGUUGUAUGACGCUGUAAGGGAGUACAUGGAGAUCGGCGGCCGCGUGCAGGUAUUGAAUGAGAAGCUGGCCGUUGCGGAGGACUUGCUCGGAGCGAUUCACGACCACCUGAAUAAUAAUGCGAUGGAUCGCAUUACGUGGAUCAUCAUAUGGCUGAUCGUUGUAGCGUGUGCUGUUGAACUGGGUGAGAUCCUCGCUCGACUUGUGGUACACGCGACGAUGGGCGAUUCUGUCCCUGUCGAGGUUCCGGUCUGCACGGGGGCUGUCGCAGCGCUGAGUGCGUUGUCGAGAGAGGAGGCGCUAAGGACACUGGAGCUUAUUGCGGGAAUCAACACCGACCAAUCGUAG